AUGAUGCAAGAAGGACAACCUCAAGGUAGAGUGACUUACCAUUUUACAUAUGGCAAAACUGACAAAAGGCUGUCUGAACUACAAACAUCUCAUUCAAGUCUAACCUGCUUCAGUGAAGGGACAAGGGGGACAGUCUGGGGAUGUUGCCCGAGCACGUGGAAGUCAUUUGGUUCCAGCUGCUACCUCAUUUCUACUCAAUACGAUGUUUGGACAAAGAGUGAGCAGAACUGUGUUGAGAUGGGGGCACAUUUGGUUGUGAUCAAUACAGAAGCAGAGCAGAAUUUCAUUGUCCAACAGCUGAAUGAAUCAUCUUCCUAUUUUCUUGGGCUCUCAGAUCCAGGAGGUAAUGACAACUGGCAAUGGAUUGAUCAGACACCUUUCAAGAAAAAUGUCAGAUUAUGGCACCCAAAUGAGCCCAAUUCUUCUGGAGAGCAGUGUGCUACAAUAGUUUUCUGGAAACCUGGAAACUGGGGCUGGAAUGAUGUUUUCUGUGACAGUAAGAGGCUUUCAGUAUGUGAAAUGAAGAAGAUUCAGUUAUGA